GACUGACUGACCACCGUCCAUCUCUCCCACACAGCGGGGAUGUACUGGGGCUCGCCACCUAUGGAUAAGUGCCCCAAUAAUAAGGAGAGGGAUCUGCUGGAUGGUUUUGUCCGUUUUUGAUGGAUGCUUUUUUUUUUAAAGAGAGGGUGAUUCUGUUCUGAUUGGAUCUAAUACAAUUUCUGUAGAUUACUGUGGAUUUAGACUUUUUUCAAUUUGUUUGUGCACCAGUCGUUGGUGAAAGCCACAGGCAGGGGAUUUGGGUUUGGCCAGCUAAGGAGCAUCCCUCAAACCAGUGAGGGGGCAGGGCUCCAUGGUGACCAUGAAGGUGACCGGGAGGCACCCCGCAUCCCGCCCCAACGUCCCCCUGCUCAGGGUGACCACUCUGGGCUACCUCUCCUGCCUGCUAUUGGGCCACACGGACACGGCGCUCGUCUCCGAAACCCCCAGCGGCGUGGCCAAUCAGAGCGCUCCGCUGCCGUUGCCACUGCCGCCGCCGCCACUAUUACCACGACGACCGCCUCCUCCACACAUCAUCUUCUUCAUGGUGGACGACCAGGGCUACAGGGACGUGGGCUACCACGGCUCGGACAUCCGCACGCCCAUGCUGGACCAGCUGGCGGCUGAGGGGGUGAAGCUGGAGAACUACUACGUCCAGCCCAUCUGCUCACCGUCCAGGAGCCAGCUGAUGACCGGGCGCUACCAGAUCCACACGGGGCUCCAGCACUCCAUCAUUCGCUCGCGCCAGCCGCUGUGUCUGCCGCCGGACGCCCCCACUCUGCCCGAGCGGCUGCGGCAGGCCGGCUACGCCACGCACAUGGUGGGCAAGUGGCACCUGGGCUUCUGCCACCCCGAGUGCCUGCCCACGGGGCGCGGCUUCCAGAGCUUCCUGGGCUCGCUGACGGGCAGCGGCGACCACUUCACGCACCAGAGCUGCGACGGCGCCGAGGCCUGUGGGUUUGACCUGCACGACGGGGAGAGGCCCGCCUGGGAGCUGAGGGGCAACUACUCCACCCUGCUCUACACAGAGAGGGUGAAGCAGAUCCUGCGCUCCCACCCGGCCCAGACGCCGCUGUUCCUGUACGUGGCGCUCCAGGCGCUCCACACCCCCCUGCAGGCUCCCGCCCGCCUGCUGCGUCGCCACAGCGACCUGGGCAACCGGCCGCGCCGCCACUACGCCGCCAUGCUGAGCGGCGUGGACGAGGCCGUGGGCGAGGUGGUGCGCCAGCUGCGCGCCAGCGGCCUCUACCGCAACUCCGUGCUGGUCUACUCCUCGGACAACGGCGGGCAGCCGCUGUCGGGCGGCUGCAACUGGCCGCUGCGCGGCGGCAAGGGCUCGUACUGGGAGGGCGGCGUGCGGGCGGUGGGGUUCGUCCACAGCCCGCUGCUCAAGCGCCGCGAGGCGGUCAGCCGGGCGCUCAUCCACGUGUCCGACUGGUACCCGACGCUGCUGGGGCUGGCCAGGGCGCCGGGGGCGAAAGACCGGCGGCUGGACGGGCACGACGUGUGGGGCGCCAUCAGCGAAGGCCUGCCGUGCCCGCGCAACGAGAUCCUGUUCAACAUCGACCCAGUGUCGCGGCGCGCCGGCGAAUCCGCCCAGCAGAGGGCGCUGAGGCUUCAGCGCGGCUUCGGCGUCUGGGACACGGGCGUGCGGGCGGCGCUCCGCUACGGAGACUGGAAGCUGCUGACCGGCCCCAUGGGCGACGGCGACUGGUUCCCGCCGCACACGUUGACCGCCGAGGAGGAGGGCGCAGCGCCGCCGCCGCCGCCCGGCUGGCAGGGCCUGGAGAAGCGGCGCGACCAGCGCGCCAAGUCCGUCUGGCUCUUCAACGUCACGGCCGACCCGUACGAGCGCCGCGACCUGUCCGAGGCGCGGCCCGAGGUGGUGCGCCUGCUCAUGGGCCGCGUGGCCGAGUACAACCGCACCGCCGUGCCCGCGCGUAACCCGCCCGACGACCCGCUGGCCGACCCGCAGCUCCGCGGAGGCGUGUGGGCGCCCUGGCUGGGGCCGGCGGAGGGGCCGAGCGGGGGCAGCGCCGGGGGGAACGAGGCGGCGGCGGCGGUGGCGUCAGCGUCCGGGGGGGCGGCGCUGGGCGGAGGUGCCCUGGCCCUGGGGGCCUACAGGCGCGUGGCCGUCAAACACUGUAAGGUCUGCAGGCUGCGCGCGCUCUUCAAGAAGGUCGGCUUUCGCAUGCAGAGGGCCUCACUGUUCUUUUAG